AUGACCUUUAGUGAGAGUGUACCCCUAAAUGCAUGCAAUGAAGAAAUUCAAAAAGACGAUGAUUCAAUAAGCUUACUAUCGCAGAGCGCAGGGGGAGACAAAAAUGAGGACUCUGAUCCCGUGAAGCGGUGUGAGCCAAGUAGAGGAGAGGGGAGCACCCCCCGGAAGAAGGAAAAGGAUUGCAGCAACAAGAACGAAGCCGGGAUGGAUUCCAAACUCGGAUUUGAUAUAAAAAAUGUGUUGACACAUGCGUACCUCCCCGUGUGCAUAGAAAAAAUGAAAGAAGGAGAAUAUGUGUACAAAUGGAACAGCAGUAAUAUUUUUCAAAAGAAGACGUUGAAAUUCUUCUAUCUAGAUGUAAAUAAUUAUUGCAUACGAUGGAACUCCAAAAAGAAAAAAAAAGUAAAAGAAAAUAAAAACCCAACAUUGUACAUAUGGGAUAUUAUAAAAAUAUUGGACGGAUCAGAAUCUUCCUUUUUUAAAAAAAAAGAAGAAGAAAAAAAUUUAUCCAUUGAAAUUAUAAGUGCCCAAAGAAAUUUAAGAAUUACCUUCCUCGACAUACAGAGGUGGAAGAUGUGGCUCUUCGGCUUGAUGUAUUAUCAGUACAAAUUUAUUAACAAAGGAUCCGGAAAAAAAAAAAUGAAGUCCUUUAUAUAUGAAAGCAACAAACUCUACGAUAAUUAUAUCAUAUCUGGCUUGAAGGAUAUUAAUGCGUUGACCCUCUCCCAGCUCUACAUCAUCCUCAGAAGUCUCAAUAUUUAUUUGAACAUGAAAAUUUUGUAUCAUUACUUUUCAAUAUAUAAAAAUAAAGGCACUGUUAACUACGUAGGUUUUACCAAAAUUCUGGAGCACAUUUUUUCAAAUAAACAUAUUACCACAUAUUUUGAUAUGUAUAAAGGGAAGAACUCCAGCUGUAUAGACAAUAGGAGUUUUGUCGAAUUCUUGAUUGAUGUGCAGUGUGAGGGGAAAUGUGAGGAGCGGAUUUUCAUUGCGCGUCAAAUGGACCGAGAAUUUUUUGUCCAUGAGGGGAUGCGCGUAAAGAAUGGACUGCAGGCGUUGCCAUCCACUUGUGGGACAUCGAACGGCGCGGUUCUUUCCAUUGCGGUUGGCCUCUUGAAGGGAGGACGCGACACAGAAGACGGAAUACCUCUCGCAGUGGAUACGACGCCAAGGGGUGGUAAUAAAAAUGCAGAAAAUGACGCUGCAGGAACACAUAAGAAGGAGGAGGGAAAAAGUAAAAAUAACUACUGCGGAAAAGCCAAUUCGGUUGGUAAGCACAAAACAAGGGCAGACAUCGUUGCCGUUAAUUCGAUCAAGAACAAUUAUGGCAAUUACCAGUGGGGAGGAGGAACCUUUUUAAAAAAUAUGAAUAAGGAGGGGUUUAAUCAAAAUGGCUUCCACUUCCAUAUGGACAGUUUACAAAAUGCAUUUCUUUUGCCGGAAAAUUGGAUGUGUCUGGAUGAAGAUUACAUCACCGUGUUAAAUAUACUGAGGCGUAAAUUAGGUUUGGGCACCGCAAAGGGGGAGAGAGGUAUGAAGCGGGACGGUUUCACAACCGGUGCCGGCUACCACAGCGAUGGUUUCAGUGGGAAUAACAGGUGGGGAAGUGCAAACAGUAGGCGCGACUACCGCAGCGAUCACAACAAUGGCAGUGCGCACAACGCCAAAGUGAGUAGUCGCUAUGGUAGGGAUUACAUCCCCCCCCAGGAACACCUACAAAGCGCGCAAAGCGAGUCCUACUACAUUAGAGCCAAAGCAAUAUAUAAAUUGCUAAACACGAUAAAAAAGUAUAACAUUCCAUUUGUUAAUAUUAAUGAAGACAAACAUUAUUUGACGCAGAUCGGGUUGGUGUACUUCCUCCUAUCAAAGGAAAAUAGCAUAAUGUGCCCAGAGUACUCCAAGGUUUAUCAAAAUAUGAACUUACCCCUUUGUAACUACUGGAUUAAUAGCAGCCACAACACCUACCUUGGGAGGAAACAAAUCUUUAGCUCAAGCAAUAUCGAACAAUAUAUUUACAUCCUCAUAGAUGGGUGUAGAUGUGUCGAAUUCGAUUGCUAUUAUUUUAAUAAAAACAUUGUGGUUUAUCAUGGCUUCUAUGGAUAUAAAUUAACCUCUUCUAUCCUUUUCUGUGAUACUCUCAUUGCGUGUAAACUCUUCGGAUUUACAACUUCCCCCUUUCCCAUCAUCCUGUCAUUAGAAAUCCAUUGUAAAAAUAAGCACAAGAAUUUGAUUGCUAAAAUUUUGAUAUGCAUUUUAGGAAAUCAGUUAUACAUCCCUAAGAGUAGAGAUGAAAUUAAUAAUAUAACGCCGGAGAAUUGUAAAAACAGAUUUUUGGUGAAAUAUAAACACUUUGAAAAUAAUGAUAACUCUGGGUUUUACUUCAUCUUUGAAGGUCUGCAGAGCGUCAUGUACGAUGAGCUAGGGUACAUUUCAGAUAUCAUUGGAGACCACGAUGAGGAUGCGGAGGAACAGGAUGGCCCCUUGGGAGGUGUACACAACCUGCUGCGUGAUGGGAGUGGGGAAAGCGGAGACAGCGACAAUAGUGAUGAAAACAAAAUUGAGAGAAAACAUAAUCGCCGCGACAAUGAUGACAUUGAGAAAAAAUUCGACAGCUAUAUAAAGAACAGCAUCCAGAAGGGGUACAUCCAUGAGAGGAAGAAGAGAAGCAUCUACAUGAGCAGUCUGUGUCAUGACCCUCAUGCUGUGGAGAACGAUCCCCUAGAUGAUUCCUCCCAUAGUGGUGACAAAAACCAGGUAGUAAAAGGCACGAAGCUUUCGAGGCACAAAAAGGGAAAAGGUCACACUAGAAACUCCUCUCGCGGUGGAAAUGAUAAUAACUUCCGUAAUGCCCCCACAAAUGGCAUCCCUAAGGAAGAAGAUGACGGUGGUGCGCCGCUCCUGGCUAGCCAAAAAAUGGUAAAUGGAACCCCCGAAGAAUGCGAAAAAAAAACAGAAAAUCAAAACGCAAGAAAUAAUAAUAUACUAAAUGAGUACUCCUGCUUGAAGGGAUACGCAUUUCAGAGUUUUUGCGAAAAUAGGACAUACAACGAAAUAUGCUCGAUUAGCGAAAAUAAAUUUAUCAAGUUGAUUAAAAAGAAUGAAGAAGAGAUAAUAAAGUACAACCAGAAAACUUUGACGAGAGUGUACCCUUCUGGCACAAGAUUGGCAUCCACCAACUUUAAUCCACUCAUUUUCUGGAGCGCAGGAAUUCAAUUUGUAGCGUUAAAUUAUCAGUACAAUGGGCUGAGCAUGCUGCUCAACAAAGGAAGGUUUCUAGAGAAUGGGGGAAAGCACUCAGGGUACAUCCUAAAGCCAGAAAUUUUAAGAUUUAAUGAAAAAAAGGACUACAACAUUUUGUUCCUCGAUCUGCAGAUUCUGUCUUUGCAUCAAAUAAACUUAUUAUUCUCCAUCAAAAAUAAAUAUCAGGAGAAGAAAUUAAAAAAGGAAUUAUUCAAAAUGGAUAUGAUACAACGUAUUCAGACACACAAAAAAAUUAAUAAAAAAAUGAAAAAUUUUAAACAUGUACAAAAAUUAGAAAAGGAAAAAAAAAAUUUCUUUUUCUCAGAUGUACAAUCAGAUGACAAUAAAAAAAAAAAAAAUAUAAGUCAUGAAUUUCUCAUGAAAAAAUUUAACGAUAAUGACAAUGACGUUAAUUAUAUACAUAGCAAAUCUUUGAAUGUGGAGGAGAAAUAUGAAGACAUGCUAUCUGAAUAUAAAUCCUUCCUAUUGUGUUCUUCCCUCUCGCACAGCAGUAGUUUUAACAGCUGUAGCAGCAAUACUACUACGUCUAAUAAUGCUAAUACCGAUUCGACUAAGAAUAAUUCAUCCAAGUCGAAGAACAACAGUUUUUACCAAACUUUUGAGGAGUUGAAGAAGGCAAACAAUUUGUUUUUCUAUUUGUAUGUCACCAUAUCUGUGCACGGCUACAAUGAGAACAAGUAUUACUUCAAGACGGAGAUCGCCAAGGUCAAUUUUUACGACCUCAACUAUUGUUGGUCAAAGCCAUCAAAUUUCCAAAUGAACAUAAUGUACCCUUCACUGGCCCUCAUUGUGUUUGAGCUGAAAACUUAUGACACCGUCAAAAGUGAGCUAAUUGCUUGCGCCUGUUUCCCAGUUAAAUGCCUCCGAGAAGGCAUCCGAUUUGUUCCGCUGUGCGACAAAUACUUGAAGGACAUAAAAGGAUCGGGCAUUUUGGUUAAUCUAAAAAUUGACACAAACGGCAGCUGA